AUGAUGCUGAGGGAAUUGUUUUGCUGCAUCACAAUUUUUGCUCUAUCUGUCAAUGUUACCAGUAGAGGUGAUGAGUUUCCAGAAUCUAAAUCUUUACUAACUUUCAUUCAGUCUGUUGACCCUGAAAAUAAUCUAAGGUAUAAAGGGUUGGAGUCGAAUCCCUGUUUGUCGCGGUUCAAGGGUAUUAAAUGUCUUAAGAAGUCAAAUUCCGUUACAGAAGUAAGCCUCAAUAAAAUGAAUCUUAGCGGGAUAAUUGAUACCAAUGCCCUGUGCAAUCUCCCUAAUUUGAGGGUGGUUAAUCUAGCUGAGAAUCAUAUCCAAGGAAAUAUACCUGCCACAGUGUCUAGAUGUUCCAAUUUGAGGUACUUGAAUUUGAGUAGAAACCUUUUAAAUGGGAGUGUACCCGUAGCUCUUUAUAAGCUAAAGAACUUGAAGAUAUUAGAUAUCUCUAACAACUUGGUAACAUGGGAAUCGAAUGUCAUCAAGGAUACAGUCGUGCCAUCACUACAACAAGCACAUAAUGAAGUCAAACCACAGUUGAUAGCUCAAAAUGACACUGCACCAGCUCCAGCAACAAAUAGCACGCAUCAAGCGAAACGAACAAACCACAAUGAUGUGUUAUGGAUGGAACUUGGUCUUGCCAUGGCUUUAUUUGGCCUUCUUGCCCUUAUAGUGUAUUUGAGGACUGCAAAAUCAUUAAAACAAAAACGGAAGAUUAAGGACACCAUUCAAUCUUCCCCUAAAGGUUCUAUAAUAACAAGCCUAAGGGAGACAAAGAAGGAAGAGCAACAUCAAGAACUUGUCUUUUUUGUGGAGGAGGAAGACCAAUUCAAAUUGGAAAACCUUCUUGAUGCUGGAGCCGAUAUGCAAAACCAAAACUACUGUAGUAGCCUUUACAAGGUUCAGCUUAGCAACAAUGUUGCUUAUGCAGUAAAAAGAUUGAAGAAAUUGCAGGUGUCUUAUGAUGACUUUAAUCGCACGAUGGCAAUGGUUGGGAAACUAAACCAUCCCAAUCUUCUUCCUCUAGUAGCUUACAGUUGUCAAACUGAAGAAAAGCUUCUUAUUUAUAAGUAUCAAAACAAAGGAAGCCUUCUCUCACUCAUGGAAAGGUACAUUGAGGGGAAGCGUGACUUUCAGUGGAAACUAAGAUUGUCUAUAGCAGUUGGAAUAGCAAGGGGUUUGGAUUAUAUAUACAGAAGCUUUCAAGGUUCAGAGGUUAUUCCCCAUGGAAAUAUCAAGCUUUCUAACAUUUUGUUAGGUGAAAACUUGGAACCAUUAAUAAGUGAAUACGGAUAUUCAAAUUUGCUUGAUCCCAAGAGUGCUUGUCUCUUUAGAUCUAAUGGUUAUACGGCCCCAGAGAAAGCUUUAUCAGAACAAGGUGAUGUGUUCAGUUUUGGAGUAAUUCUGUUGGAAUUGCUUACGGGGAAGAUAGUGGAAAACAGUGGAUUAGAUCUUCCUAAGUGGGUGAAGGCAAUGGUGAGAGAAGAGUGGACCGGGGAGGUGUUUGAUAAGGAGAUAGCAAAAGUUGGAAUGUAUGCUUUUCCUUUGUUAAAUGUUGCACUCAAAUGUGUAGCUCAUUUUGCUGAGAACCGACCUUCUAUGGCAGAGGUUUUGGAGACGAUUGUGGGGGUUGUUGAUGAAGAUCUAUCUUGUUCAUCCUCAGAGUCCAGCCCACAAGAUGGUCAUGUGCUUUAUACAGUGGCAGAGGAGGGUUAA